AUGGCGGAAGCAAACGACCAGAACCUACACUGGGCACGUGAACGCCUGCGUGAUCUGGACCGAUUCGAUGGGAAAGAACUCACCGCGAAACAAGUAGAGAGCACGUGGAGGAAACGUUUCUGCAAAAUGGUCAACGCAUAUAAGGUUAGCGAUAACCAACGACGCGCCUUGUGGCUGGAACACCUCGAGGAGCCCUUGUUGGCAGCCGAAUGGGCGGAACGAAUGGAGGACGAAGGGAAAAUCGGGACAUGGGAUGCGCUGGUGAAGGAGUUGGGCGUGCGCUGGCCGGCGCCGGAUGAAGCGGAGAAGCAGAAGGAAAGAACAGAGCGUUGGUACCAGCAUGCAAUCGAGGAGAAGAAAUUAGGGACCAGGGUAGAGGGGAUAGGUGGAGCGUCGGAGCCGUAUUACGUUGUCUGGGCAAGGGAACACAUGGCGUUAGCAGCGGAAAUGAGUGCAGGGAAAGUAGGCAAGGAGAAGUUUAUGGUAGAAUGGACAUGGCACCGGGCCCUCCCAAGUACCCUCAAGGGGUUGCUGCCAAAAGAAUUCAGCAAAUAUAAAACAAUCACCAAGCUUUGCAAGGACGUUAUCAGCAUUGAGUACAACCGAGUGCUGGUACUCACGCAAGCCAAGGCAGCGCAGAAAGCUACAAACACUUGGACCAAGUCAAGCUCCAGCAUGCAGGCCAGACCCGCCAAAGGACAGGGGAGAACCUUUGGCAGGAGCCAGCCGGGCUAUGAGCUCUACCGCGCCGCUAUCAAUAGCCUGCCAGCCAACUGGCCCUCAAUGCAAGAUUACCCACUCACACCGGGCACCUAUAGCCAAGCCGCCAACACAUGCACACGCUGCAGCAAAGGCAACCAUGCGGCCAAGCCUGCUACGGAAAGCAUUACCGGAAAACAAGAUGGAAUGGAGAAAGCGUACCAAGGAGGAGCUAGGGCAGGCAAGGCCGGGCCCGUCAAGAGCCAAGAUUUUCCAGGUCUUGGUUGA